UGAUGAAACCGGCUCGGAUUCCGCCCGCGUGCGCCAUCCCCUUCGGCGAGCAGGUGUGAGCGGCUUUCUACCCGCGGUCUCCACACAGCUCAGCAUCUUGCCGCCUCCUCCGAGCCUGAAGCUACUGUGGACUCUGCUGUGGCGUCUUGGCCCCCAGGUGUUGACCCUCCUCAGUGAGAAGGCCCACGAGUCUUACAGCAGAUUUUUUUGCUCAGCACAAUGGGCUGCAAAAACCUGCUCGGCCUGGGCCAGCAGAUGCUGCGCCGGAAGGUGGUGGACUGCAGCCGGGAGGAGAGCCGGCUGUCCCGCUGCCUCAACACCUAUGACCUGGUAGCCCUUGGGGUGGGCAGCACCUUGGGCGCUGGUGUCUACGUCCUAGCCGGUGCCGUGGCCCGUGAAAAUGCUGGCCCAGCCAUCGUCAUCUCCUUCCUGAUCGCCGCUCUUGCCUCCGUGCUUGCCGGCCUGUGCUACGGCGAGUUUGGGGCCCGUGUCCCUAAGACGGGCUCAGCCUACCUCUACAGCUACGUGACGGUGGGGGAGCUCUGGGCCUUCAUCACCGGCUGGAACCUGAUUCUCUCCUACAUCAUCGGUACUUCCAGCGUGGCAAGAGCCUGGAGUGCGACCUUUGACGAGCUGAUAGGCAAACCCAUCGGAGAGUUCUCACGGCAGCACAUGGCCCUGAAUGCUCCUGGGGUGCUGGCCCAGACCCCGGACAUAUUUGCUGUGAUUAUAAUUAUCAUCUUAACAGGACUGUUAACUCUUGGCGUGAAGGAGUCAGCCAUGGUGAACAAAAUCUUCACCUGCAUCAAUGUCCUGGUCUUGUGCUUCAUCAUGGUAUCGGGAUUCGUGAAAGGCUCCAUUAAAAACUGGCAGCUUACGGAGAAGAAUUUCUCCUGUAACAACAACGACACAAACGUGAAAUAUGGUGACGGAGGGUUCAUGCCCUUUGGAUUCUCUGGUGUCCUGUCAGGGGCAGCGACCUGCUUUUAUGCCUUCGUGGGCUUUGACUGCAUCGCCACCACAGGGGAAGAAGUCAAGAACCCCCAGAAGGCCAUUCCUGUGGGCAUCGUGGUGUCCCUCCUCAUUUGCUUCAUAGCGUACUUUGGCGUAUCCGCCGCUCUCACACUCAUGAUGCCUUACUUCUGCCUGGACGUCGACAGCCCGCUGCCUGGUGCCUUCAAGCACAGGGGCUGGGAAGAAGCUAAGUACGCAGUGGCCAUUGGCUCUCUCUGUGCACUUUCCACCAGUCUCCUAGGCUCCAUGUUUCCCAUGCCCCGAGUUAUCUAUGCCAUGGCUGAAGAUGGACUACUGUUUAAAUUUUUGGCUAAAAUCAACGAGAGGACCAAAACACCAGUAAUCGCCACCGUGACCUCAGGCGCCAUUGCUGCUGUGAUGGCCUUCCUCUUUGAACUGAAGGACCUGGUGGACCUCAUGUCCAUUGGCACUCUCCUGGCUUACUCUUUGGUGGCUGCCUGUGUUUUGGUCUUACGGUACCAGCCAGAACAGCCUAAUCUGGUAUACCAGAUGGCCAGAACCACCGAGGAGCUAGAUCGAGUGGAUCAGAACGAGCUGGUCAGUGCCAGCGAGUCACAGACGGGCUUUUUACCGGUAGCUGAGAAGUUUUCUCUGAAAUCCAUCCUCUCACCAAAGAACGUGGAGCCCUCCAAAUUCUCAGGGCUAAUUGUGAACAUUUCAGCUGGCCUCCUAGCUGUUCUUAUCAUCACCGUGUGCAUUGUGGCCGUGAUUGGAAGAGAGGCCCUGGCAGAAGGGACCCUGUGGGCAGUCUUUGUAAUGACAGGGUCAGUCCUCCUCUGCAUGCUGGUGACAGGCAUCAUCUGGAGACAGCCUGAGAGCAAGACCAAGCUCUCAUUUAAGGUACCCUUUGUCCCCGUACUUCCUGUCUUGAGCAUCUUCGUGAACAUCUAUCUCAUGAUGCAGCUGGACCAGGGCACGUGGGUCCGGUUUGCUGUGUGGAUGCUGAUAGGCUUCACCAUCUACUUUGGUUAUGGGGUCUGGCACAGUGAGGAAGCGUCCCUGGCUGCUGGCCAGGCAAAGACUCCUGACAGCAACUUGGACCAGUGCAAAUGACGUGCAGCUCCACCCACCAGGGUGACAGCGGUUGACGGGUACCUGUAGAGGCCUGGGACCCUCACAAUCUCUCCACUCAUGCCUCAGGAUCAGCUCACACCCCCAAUGUCACCAAAGCUGGUUUGCUGCCAGUUGAUGAGAGCCUGAUCACUUCUGGACAGUCCCUUGGAUAACUCAUCUCCCUCUGAACAAAGGAAGCAGCCCUUCUCCCUGCGGGCGGGCGGGCCGGCCGGGCGCUUUGCUGCUGCGGCCCCAGCCGAAGGGAGGCCUCCUUCUCCUCUCACUCGGGAAGCCGGCCUCCCUCCCUCCCUGGGACCACCCUGGCAUCACCCAUGCGCACACUCCAGACGGCUGGUGAGCCUCUCCCUGUCAGCCCAGGCCAGCCUCCUGACCACAAGAUGCAAGACUGUCCCAGUGAGGAAGCAUGUCCCCAAACAGUGCUACCUGACAGCCCAUCCGUUACAGAAGACCUAAAGAGGAGGAACAGGCCCAUACCUUACAGCUUUCAGGAUGGGGUAGUAGGAUGGGGCCCCCAGGUCUGAACAGAGGCUUCUGUGCAGAACGCAGCACAGUGUGAACUGUUCAGGUGUGAGCCGCUCAGCUCAAGCACAGAAGAUGGGAGGUCCCUGGAGUGAUCAAUGGUGUCGAGAUGGGACGGCCAGCUCGUCUCGCGUGGUGGACUAGGGCAACAGUCUCUGGUCUCAUUCCUAGCAGGCCCGGGUCGGCUUCUGCUGCGGUCCUCACUGUCCUGAGUCACUGGAACACCAGGCUGUAUCAGGGUUAUGUCAUCCUCUUGGGUCUUCUAAAGUUCCUCAGACAGGUGGCACUCAGUGUGGGGUGGUGACGCCUCUCUGGCCACUGACGUGGUCUGUGUGGCCUCUUACAUCUCAGGAGCACUGUGGAGUCCUCCCCUUGCUGCUCGCUCUGAAUCGCUCCACUGGAUUAACUUGGGGCUUCAUGUUACACCUUGGAAGAUAACCAAAUCAUUACCGAGUGCCAUAUCAGCUUGCGGUUCAAGACGUGUGGUCUGCGCAGGAGAUGGCUUGGGGUCCUAUUGCCAUUCCUCUUGUAGCUGUGGUGCCUUUGCCUGCUGCUAGUGAGAUUUCCACCCUGGCCUGGACCUUAUUCCCUGUGUAUGCCUUCAUUUCCCCUCCCCCCACCCCACGCUCCAUAUCUCUCGGGGUGCGGCCCUGGGGCCGACACCUCCUCAUUUACUCUGUGUAGGUAGAAACUGCUUGAGGGUGCUGGUGGAGUCCCAGAGCCAGCAGGGUGCCCUUCCCCACCACCACCACUCCCCUUCCACCAUAUUGGGGUGGGGAAGGCUAGUAUCUUAGUCUAAUGUUAAUGCUGUUUAUAAAGCUGAGCUUUCUUUUCUGUCUGGCCUUUGACCCAAGUCUGGUGGAAACAGGCUGGGUAGGUAAACUGAUGGCCCCAUCUUCCCCUCUGCUCUGGAAGGUUCUUGGGAAUGGCAAGAGUUAGUGGGGCUGGACAGCCAUGUAGCCUAGUGGUAGCACACUUCCCCAGCCUCCACAGGGCCUCAGCUUCCACCCCCAGCACUACGUAUGGAAAAUUAGGGAAGUUAGAGAACACCUGGAUGCUGGGUCAGCCAGUGGAGGAUAGCUGAGCAUCCAAGAGCCAGGCCCUGACCACCCUCCAGGCACUUUGUCUCCUACACUGCCUGAGAAAACUGCGAAGGGAGUAUUAUACGACCCUACAUGUUGAGUUUCUAAAGGUAUUUAAAGUUAUGUAGAUUGGUGCUGUAAACUAUUUUGAUAAAUAUUAACUUAUUUUUGUUCGGGUCUUGAUUACCUAUUGUCUUCUUAGGGUCUGUGAAGUAUCUG